AUGUCUCCAAUCAAUUUCACCAAGCUCGCAGCCGUCCUCGCAACCUGCGCCAGCCUGACUCGUGCUCAGGAUUCGGCUGAAAGGUUCUCUUGCAGCCUUCCCAGUGGAUUUGAUCGGACCGUUACUGAAAAUGAGCUGUACGAUGCAAAACAAAUUGGGAUGUUUGAUUUUAAUCCAUCUCCAGGUCCAGUCAAGCACGCAAUUCGGGGCUCAUACGAGUGCGAAUCAUACGUCACUGAAUAUAGCUUUAUCCCAGGAUGCACUACAAAAAGUGAACUCUACCCCUUCGGAACGGACGAAGGUUUAUUCCUUGGUCCUGGUGAGUUUCGCGGAACCAUCAGGCAGAUAAUUAUCGAGGGUGGCCUCACUUACAACAUCUCAAUCUUUGGCUACGGUAACGUCCAAGCUACGCUCGUACCCAAGUCUUUGGAAGUUGUUGAACGCUCACCUCAAUGCUACGGCGGCUACUGUCCUCCAGCAUCGUCGGUGGAAGAAUCAACUAUCUACGUCCCUCCAUUUGAACCCUCAACAGUUUACAUUCCCCCAUCAGAAGCUUCGACCACUGUCUAUGGCCCUCCACAGGAGACUUCCACCAUCACUUCGACCACGCUCAUCACUGUCGGCUGUUCGGCUCCUGGUUAUGGUACCGAUGCUGGAUGUCCAACCUCUGCUCUGCCCACUGAGACGGACGAGGAGUCCUCCACUGGCACAGCCUCCGUGACUGGUACAGAAUUCUCUGGCACGGCCUCGGCCACUGGGACUGCCUCUUCUGGUACUGUCUCCUCUACUGGUACAGCUUCUUCUGGUACUGUCUCCUCUACUGGCACAGCCUCCUCUGGUACCGCAUCGACCACUGUCACUGCUACCACCACCGUUGUGAACAACUUGAUUCCCUUUGAGCCCCUGACUAUCCCUACAGAGACCAUUGCCAUCCCUAGCUCGCAGGGCUCUUCUGUUGAAAGCUGUCGCGGCCCUCUCGGCGCCAUGGUGAUGGUUAUGGCUGGUUUCUUGCUUCUUGCUUGA